GAAAUGAAGGUGUAGAGUACCCGACUGGCCAUGCAGAAAUACAUGUUGUAGCCUUGGCUCCCGGUUGGUAACAAAAACGCUGCAAAUUGUAUGCGGAUAUUUGGCAGUUUCUUGACGAAAAUUUGGAAUUUAGUCAUGGCUGAAGUUGAGAUGACACCGCAGCCUGUGGAGAGCAAUGUAGGCGGGAAUGUAGAAAAUGCUCCCCCGAAGCCCGAGUCGCCACACGUGGAACACGGGCUGACAGAGAACAUCCAGAAAAUCAUCAGUCACGAGAAGGUGGAGGUAGAAAAGACCAAAGUGGACCUGGAGUCGCUGACGACACGAGCGUACCUGGACAACACUGUGGUGCCGAUACUCCUCCAGGGGAUGUCGGCAUUGGCAAAGGAGAGGCCACCCAACCCUAUUGAGUACCUUGCUGGCUACCUUCUGAAGAAUAAAGACCAAUUUGAGGGAAGCAGCUGAAAAAAGUCUUAAAUAAAUAAAAAAUAAAUAAAGGGGGGAAAGAAAUAACGUAAGCAUUUGUCUUGUUCUUUGAAUUGAACUGUCCUUGAAUUGAAUUGCAACAGAAUGGGGAGCUUAUGGACUCCGUACACAAACGGUGGAUGAAGCUUUGUGAACUCUUUUGAAAGCCCCAGUGGGAGGGCAUCAAGUGCACGUACUGGUUUGCAGGUGUAUAGGGUGAAGUACACAUGUUCGCCAAACUUGGUGCGAAGUACAACAAAGUUUAUUCUGAACUGCACAAACUUUUAGUGUCUUUGCUUGGGAGUCAGAGGCUAUCCAUUUGUAAGUGUUGAGCGGGUACUUGUGCACGGAGUCCAUAGGAUUGAGAUUCAGUUAUAAGAUCCUUUCACUGUAGAUUGGACCUUUUCAAGACAGUCCAACACACUCAUGGGGGGAUUACUGUUUUCUUUUCCCUUGAAGCCUGUAGUCACAAGAUGCAUGUUUGGUAAAGAGGGUCACACUUUUCAAAUACCCUGUAGAUUGACUGAUCAGUAACGUGCUUGACAAAAUGUGUAUAGCCUUGUCAUGCUUACUGUGUUGAAACAAAGCCCUGCAGACUUGAAAAAAAAACCCACUGGUUAAUGGUCAAUUUGCAUUUCAUCCAAAUAUUUGGCAGUUGUAAUGCCAAUGAAUCCCACACAUAUAAUGUAAAUAUUGAGGUAUCAAUUUUCACCAUUUUUUAAUAUGAAGGUAGAAAGGGGGCUUUCCAUAAUCAUAUGGUAACAAAAAUGUUCUUUUUGAAAAUGUGAUUCUUUUAUAGAGUUGUAUAUUCGGUAGAAGUUGGAUACAAUGUUAAGGCUACAUGCAUUUGUUUUAGUGAUACAACACCAUGUUGUAAAUGAGUGUAAAAUCGCAAGCAAUUUGUGAAAUAGCAAUAUUUGCACUGAAGAAAUGGGUCAAUACCUGAAGAAAUGUCCCCAAAGGCAAAAGAUUUUUCAAUGUUAUAAAACCUUAUAGUUGCUCUCUCAUGCUCUCGAACAAUAUUUUUUUUCUGACAUGCAUGUGUGUCUACUUAUGUAUGUUUUAUUUUAACGAAGAAUAAUUCAUGGGGGGGGGGGGGCGGAAGUCUGGAACACACUGAAACAAGGCUUUUACUUCUGGUUUGGUUUUGCAUACAGACAGAUCUGCCCUGCGAGUCGACUGCGAAAUAGCACUUUAAAAAUCAAAUCUUUUUUUCGAAGUGAAUCUUUAAAAUGCAACUUUGAACGCCAUGUCUUUUGAGGUAUAAAGUAUUUGAUAUUUGCUUUCGUAGUUGCGUUCUUUUAUUUGUGUAUUGUCAAUAAAUGUUCCCUUUGUAAAUAA